AAAAUGCAACUUGUCAUCUUUCUGAUCAGGCACUCACCGAACUCAGACACAAACUCAAUUCAUUGGUUGAUAGAACCCUAAAGGCCAAAACUUUCUCUUAACACAUUCUGCACAUUUACUCACCCUAUGGCUCUGUUGGCAGAUGUUUCGUCAAAGAGAAGCUAAAAUGGUGUGUCAUUUAGCUGGUUGAUUUAGAAAAUCUUAAUUUGGAGGUACUGGUUGGUGAGUGCUGUUAAUUUGGUAUCAAUGGCGGAGUUGGUUGGGCCAAGAUUGUACAGUUGCUGUAAUUGUAGAAACCAUGUUGCACUCCACGAUGAUGUAAUUUCUAAGGCUUUUCAGGGGCGACAUGGUCGAGCCUUUUUAUUCUCUCAUGCAAUGAACAUUAUGGUUGGGCCAAAGGAGGACAGGCAGCUAAUGACUGGCCUCCACACAGUUGCUGAUGUCUAUUGUUGUGACUGUAAUGAGGUGCUUGGUUGGAAAUAUGAACGAGCUUAUGAGGAAGCACAAAAGUACAAGGAAGGGAAGUUCAUACUUGAGAAAUCCAAAAUAGUAAAGGAAAACUGGUAGCAGUCAUGCGGCAUUUUGUUCAUCUCUCAUUGUGUUGGUGUAAGUGUAUGGAUGCUACUACAUAUUCAUCUUGUCCAAGAAGAUCUCAUCAAUUGCAAAUAUUCUCUUGUUCUUCAACGUGCAUUGUUGUUGCGUUCUUUAUGUGGAUAUUGUAUUGGAUUGUUUAGUUUGUCGAUACAUUGUGAAUAAUUCUCUCUGUAAUGUUAUUUUUUGUGCUAUUGAAUUUGAAUUUUUAGCGGCUAA